UCGCCAUAGGUACCUCUGUGUCAUGCAGUAAAGCUCACGAGUUACCGUCAGUUCCAGUACCUUAUCGCUACCUCGAUUUUGUUUGGUUACUAUUACUCCCGCCUCAUCUCAGCUCGUUUCACCGACAAUGGCCAUGGCCAAGGUCGCCGCGGUCGUGGCGUCGCUCUACCUAUUUAUCGUGCUAACACGGUGCGACGCUGCCGCUGCUGGUGCGGGCGGUUCGACGAGCUGCCACGGCGGCAGAGCUGUGGGGAGGGGCGGCGGCGGCCGGGCGAGGGCGCCGAUUGCGAAGGCCGUGUUCGUGUUCGGGAGCUCGCUGGUGGACAACGGCAACAACAACUUCCUCAACAGCACCGGCGUGCGCGCCGACUACCUGCCCUACGGCGUCGACUUCCCGCUCGGCCCCUCCGGCCGCUUCUCCAACGGCCGCAACACCAUCGACGCUCUCGGGGAGCUUCUCCGCCUCCCCCGCGGCGGCCGCAUCCCGCCGUUCGCCGACCCGGGCACCAGGGGCCGCGCCGCGCUGCAUGGCGUCAACUUCGCGUCCGGCGGCUCUGGAAUCCUCGACCGCACCGGCCAGGACACCGGCAAGGUGUUGAGCCUGAACCAGCAAAUCAGCAACUUCGAGGCAGUGACUCUCCCCGACCUUCGAGCAACGACAGCCAGCACUCGCCAGAUGAAGGGCCAUGAUUUCUUGCACGAUUGCUUCCUGCCCAGGAGCCUAUUCGUGAUCGGGACAGGCGGCAACGACUACCUGCUCAACUACUACCGGCCCAGAAAUACAUCCAGGCCCCAAUUGUCAGACUUCACACGCUCACUGAUCACCAAGCUCUCGGCCCAUCUUCAGAGGCUGUAUGGUCUGGGGGCGAGGAAGUUUGUGAUCUUCUCCAUCCAGCCCAUGGGGUGCACCCCCGUGGUGAGGGCGUCCCUCAACGUCACCGGCGCGGGCUGCGUCGAGCCGGUGAACGGGGCGGCGCUCCUCUUCAACGGCGAGCUGAGGUCGCUCGUCGACGCCACGGGGCCGCGCAUGCCCGGCGCGAGCUUCGCCGUCGUCGACUCCUACAAGAUCAUCAAGGACCUGCUGGACCACCCAAGGAAACAUGGCAUCAGGGAGACGUAUCGGGCUUGCUGCAGUGAGCUGGCGUCAUCCGGGGUGCUGUGUAAGAAGGGAGGGCCCAUCUGCAGGGACCGGACCAAGUACGUCUUCUUCGACGGGCUCCACCCGACAGACGUGGUGAACGCCAGGAUCGCGCGCAAGGGAUUCGGCUCCGAGUCGCCGCGGGAAGCGUACCCCAUCAACGUCAAGAAAUUGGCUAUGCUGUGGUAGCGGCGAUCCUCCAGAGUAUAAACAGAGACACGUGGUAGUAGCAUUUAGUAUUAGCACUAGCCGUAGUCUUAUCGUAUUAGUGGUACCAGCUAGCUUUAUGAUCUGGCAAUGCAGCAGUAGCGUUGUACCAGUGUUCUAUUAUUCGAUCAGGAUUCGCCGGCCACCGUUUGUAGCUCUGCUCCGCACUUCCUGCGGCGAAUAAGAGCGUCUACAGCCGGACUUCAAAUUCGACUUUCAAAUGUCGGCGAACGCGCCGGUGCAUCCGCGAGCAUUGACCGGAUACUCUUAAAUAAUGUAAUUCA